CCAGACAUGCCCUCGAACUCUUCCACCGGAGAGUCCUACGACGUCACCUCCCGUGGCACCAACGAAUGGGGCAAUAAUUGGGACCACCGCGUCUCGUCCAGUGGCGAUCACGGCUACCACUACAGUAACAAGGAUGGAAGCUACUACUACCAGAAUACCGACGGCUCCCGUUACUACAACAGCGGCUCGGGCUACACUCGUCACACUUCUGCGAGCGGCAGAACCAACGAACGCUACACCUCUAGCAAGUAGACCCGUCUGAAGGCGACGCUACGGAAUGGCUUGGAUCUAGGAUGUGCAUCCCGUAGUCAUCUUAAAUAAAUCCUGUGGCACAUGCUCUCUUAUCACGUAGCCGGAUUUGACACAUUUCUUUCGUCAGGCCUAGUACGUGUAUAUGCAUCUCAAGAGCGGUCGAUAUCAAGUCAUGUUAUGGAUCCUAAAUUGAAUCUGCGACAGUCCCGUGAACCUAGGCGGUGUGCGCCUCAAGGAAGGCCGUGAACGUGGGGAGCAUGCACCGUCCGACCAACUUCUCAUCUGACCAUUCCAUU